UGGAUAAACAUUUUUUCUAGUUCCACUGGGUGGGACAGCGGAGGGAUACGGGGGCUGUUGUCUAUAAAACCCCCUCAGCUGCUCUUUGUUUGUUAGAAGCUGACGCGAUCCGGAAGUAAGAGGAACAAACACCCGUGGGAACAAUUUGCUUUGUCAAGAUGCAGAUCUUUGUGAAGACCCUGACUGGUAAGACCAUCACCUUGGAGGUGGAGCCAAGUGACACCAUUGAAAAUGUGAAGGCUAAGAUCCAGGAUAAGGAGGGCAUCCCCCCAGACCAGCAGCGUCUGAUCUUUGCCGGCAAGCAGCUGGAAGAUGGCCGCACCCUCUCCGACUACAACAUCCAGAAGGAGUCCACCCUCCAUCUUGUGCUCCGCCUGAGGGGAGGAAUGCAGAUCUUCGUGAAGACCCUGACUGGCAAGACCAUCACCCUGGAGGUGGAGCCAAGUGACACCAUCGAGAAUGUCAAGGCCAAGAUCCAGGAUAAGGAGGGCAUCCCCCCAGACCAGCAGCGUCUGAUCUUCGCUGGAAAGCAGCUGGAAGAUGGCCGCACCCUCUCCGACUACAACAUCCAGAAGGAGUCCACCCUCCAUCUUGUGCUCCGUCUCAGGGGAGGAAUGCAGAUCUUUGUGAAGACCCUGACUGGCAAGACCAUCACCCUGGAGGUGGAGCCAAGUGACACCAUCGAGAACGUCAAAGCCAAGAUCCAGGAUAAGGAGGGCAUCCCCCCAGACCAGCAGCGUCUGAUCUUUGCCGGCAAGCAGCUGGAAGAUGGCCGCACCCUCUCCGACUACAACAUCCAGAAGGAGUCCACCCUCCAUCUUGUGCUCCGUCUCAGGGGAGGAAUGCAGAUCUUUGUGAAGACCCUGACUGGCAAGACCAUCACCCUGGAGGUGGAGCCCAGUGACACCAUUGAAAAUGUGAAGGCUAAGAUCCAGGAUAAGGAGGGCAUCCCCCCAGACCAGCAGCGUCUGAUCUUUGCCGGAAAGCAGCUGGAAGAUGGCCGCACCCUCUCCGACUACAACAUCCAGAAGGAGUCCACCCUCCAUCUUGUGCUCCGUCUCAGGGGAGGAAUGCAGAUCUUCGUGAAGACCCUGACUGGCAAGACCAUCACCCUGGAGGUGGAGCCAAGUGACACCAUCGAGAACGUCAAGGCCAAGAUCCAGGAUAAGGAGGGCAUCCCCCCAGACCAGCAGCGUCUGAUCUUUGCCGGCAAGCAGCUGGAAGAUGGCCGCACCCUCUCCGACUACAAUAUCCAGAAGGAGUCCACCCUCCAUCUUGUGCUCCGUCUCAGGGGAGGAAUGCAGAUCUUCGUGAAGACCCUGACUGGUAAGACCAUCACCCUGGAGGUGGAGCCAAGUGACACCAUCGAGAACGUCAAGGCCAAGAUCCAGGAUAAGGAGGGCAUCCCCCCAGACCAGCAGCGUCUGAUCUUCGCUGGAAAGCAGCUGGAAGAUGGCCGCACUCUCUCUGACUACAACAUCCAGAAGGAGUCCACCCUCCAUCUUGUGCUCCGUCUCAGGGGAGGAAACUAACCUGCCUCUGCUCUUGGAUGCCUCAGCAUGCCCACCAUUAUUCCAGUGUUAAAGUUGCUCCUUCUAAUCAGCUGUCAGUCAUUCCUUUUUUGCAUUUUUAAGUUUAAAUAAAGGCUGUGCAUUCCUGAAUUUUUAUUUUUAAUCUGACUUUGCAUUCUGACUGCUUUAGCUGAUAGUAAGUGUUUUUUGCCUCUGGAACUUUGAUUUGAGGUAGUUUUUUCAUCUGCUUGUUAACAAAAAAGAUGUUAAGAUGUAACAAUUGGACAUGUUGUGGGUAAAGUUGUUCAAGUCAAAUAACUCGCCUGUUGCAAAUGCUUGAAACUAAUAAAAGGCUUCUCACUGUCAAA